AUGAGUGGUCCAAGACCACAUAUCAGUAUCACUUUUCGUAAAUCAAAGAAACCACAACUCAAUGACAGUGUUAGAAUCAUGCGAAAUAGGGGGUUAUUAAAUACCUCAAGAAGAUUACUGCAGAAAUCAGUCAAUCAAUCCUUCACUUCAGCCACCUCUCUUCGUGCUAAUAAUGCUUCAUUAGCGAAAAAACUAGCCGAAUUGCAAGUUGAAUUAAAUAACCAGAAGAUGGCUACACAGCAAGCGAAUAUUGAACUACUGAAUUGUCGUAUGGAAGUAGCUCGGUUACAAGCGUAUAAAGAAGCCAAAGAGAAAAUAAAGGCUUGUAUUUUAAAUAUACAUGAAUUAUUGUGUUCACAAAUUGAAAUGGGAAUGUCCAUGAUGAAUUAUGUGAAAGAUUCGAUAUCGGUAUUGGAUAAAAAUGAUUCAUUGGAGUUAUUGUCGAAUCCUACAUCAAGUCUGCUUGGUGAAACAGCAGUCGAUCUGAAUGCAUUUGAUUCUGUCUGUAGAAAAGAAUUUACAAAGCCUGCUCAACAGAUAACAGAAGAGAAUGUUUGUCAACUAUCUAUUGUUUAUCCUGAAGUUCAAUCUCCAUCAUCAUCCACUUCAUUAAUAACAGGUCCGGUGAAAAUGGCAUUCAGCCCUAAAGAUCAAAGUAUUGCUAAUAAUAUUAGCACUAAUCGUAUUAACAAUAACAGAUUGAACAUACAACCGAUGCCUCUUAUUGAAACAUUAAAUACUGACGUAAAAUCAUCACAGUCUAUUCGUCAGGAACCAUUAGUAGUAGUAGUACCAUCUUGUGAAGUUUUACCUGAAAUACUGACCAGUCCAAUAACUUGUAUUUCUGAAAAUAAUAUUACAAGCAAAAGAUGUCUUCCAAUAGUAGACACUAACGUAAAUAAUGUUGAUUUAGAUAAUGAUAAUGAUAAUACUCACAAAAACAUUAGUCCUAUAAAGUUUUCAGUUCAAAGUCUACCACAAUCGUGUAUUUCUGUAAAUAAACCUUCCGUCGUUGAUUCAAAGAAUAUCGAUCAACUCGUCGUUCCUGAUCUUGUUAAUAGUUGCUGUAGUAAGAACAAGGAAUAUGUAGUUAACCCUGUUGAUCAUCAUGCAAUACAAUCAGCUCGACCUCAUUUAGUGCGUCAAGCUCGUCUAAAUUCAAAACCAAUCAUUGACACAUCAUCUUUCAUGGAUUCGUUUAUUGUUAAAACAACAACGACAAAAGAAAAGAAGAAAAAAUCAGGUAAACAUCGUUUGAUUCGUGUCAAAGAUAGUGAUGAUGAAGAAGGUGAAGAUGAUGUCAAUAAAUUAGAAAAUAAUAUUGGUGUUGUUGGUGGCGAUGAGGAUGGAGGUGGCCGAGUUAUUGAAACUUGUUUCCGUCGACCUGGUGAACUUGUAUUUAGAGUUGAUUCAAAAAAUGUCAAUCCAUCAUCAACAGCUGGUGUCAGUGAUCAUUACACAAACAAACAGACAACUCGAUCCAAGUCGAAAUUACCAACAACGACAAUCAAUCAACAGUCACGAUCGAAAUCAAAACCUCAUACUACUACUACCACUUCUGCUACUGCUAAUAUUAAUAGUAACAAUGAUAACACUAACAAAGAAGUGAAUAGUAAUGAAUUUAAAAAAAUGCCAAAAGUAGUUGGAACUGAAGUUAAAACAGUGAAUAUUUUUGAUUUAUCAAUGAAUCGAACUGCUGAUCUAUCUGUUCUUCCACCUACUUUAAAUGAUUUACGCAUUAAGCAUAAAGAAGAACGACAACACCAAGUGAACUCAAACACUAAAGCCCAAAAAGAUACCACUGUCAAGAUGGCGUUGACGACAAGAAAACGUUCUGUUCUUGGUGAAUUACAACAACAAGAAAAUGAUAAACUCAAUUCUGUCGUAAAGAAUAAUUAUAUUGUAGAUGAACACCGUCGUCUUUCAGUUGUCUUGACUUCAAUAUGUAAUGAAAAUCAGCCUCCAUUCGAUGCACAAAUAUCCAAUUCAAAAAAUAAUAAACGUCAAUUUCGUCGAUUAUAUUUAUUCGAUCAAGAGAAUGAAGACAACGACGAUAAUGGCAAUGAUGUUGAUAAUGAUCAUAGACUUAAAAAUAUGAAAGCUGACGUUGGUAAUACUGUAGGUAAACAAUCAAAAUAUAAUAACCCAACUUCUUCGAUUGGUAAGCUCGAUAAUAAUCGUAAUAGUAAUCUACCAAUGACAAUCAACCCUAAAGUAACUACUAGUCGGUCACGAAAAAGGAACUGA